UACGAUGAUUUACCAGAGAAGAAGAAGAAAAUAAUGGAAAAUUCGAAACAAGAGAAGCCGCGAAGGAAAAACUACCGAAAGAGAAACCCAACCGAAGAACAUGACCAACUCCCACAAUCCCAAUCAAACAACGAUUCCGACGACGAACACGAAAGAAGAUUGGCAUUGGAAGAGAUCAAGCUUCUCCAGAAGCAGAGAGAAAGGAAAUCAGGAAUUCCUGCAAACCUUACUUUGCAGCAAUCUAAUCCCGGUAUUUCCGGCGGUUCAGCUGCUAAAGCAGUUGAAAAAAACGACGGCGGCGGCGAUGGCGGUGACAAGGAUGAUCUUGUUCUUCAAGACACGUUUGCUCAAGAAACUGCUGUUAUGGAUGAAGAUCCCAAUAUGGUUAAGUAUAUUGAGCAGGAAUUAGCGAAGAAGAGAGGUAGAAAUAUUGAUGAAGAAGAUCAAGUGGAGAACGAGUUGAAACGUGCUGAAGAUGAACUAUAUACAAUCCCUGACCAUCUUAAAGUAAAAAAGCGAAAUUCCGAAGAAAGCUCUACACAGUGGACCACUGGUAUUGCUGAGAUUCAGCUUCCAAUAGAAUAUAAAUUAAAAAAUAUUGAAGAAACAGAAGCUGCCAAAAAGCUUUUGCAGGAAAAGAGGCUUAUGGUAGGUCGGGCAAAGUCAGAUUUCAGCAUUCCAUCAAGUUACAGUGCUGAUUAUUUUCAGCGGGGCAGGGAUUAUGCUGAAAAACUUAGAAGAGAACAUCCCGAGUUGUACAAAGAAAGAAGUCUACAGGAUGAUAGUUCUGCAUCCAAACAAAAUGAUGCCGGCAGUGAUGCUGCUGGAGCAAUACAGAGGCAAGCUGCAACUGACCAGUUCAUGUUAGAGCGUUUCAAGAAACGAGAACGUCAUCGUGUCCGGAGAUGACAUUAAUGUGAUGUUAGCGGGCUUAAUUUACAUCGAUCUGUGAAAGAUAUUGUAUGAACUUGUUGUAAUGGGUAGAAUGGUAACUGUGCUUUAUUAUUAGGCAAUCUUCAUGUACUGAGAUGAUAUUCAGAUUUUGUUUCAUUAAACAGUUGUUUUUUUUAGGCUUACUCUGCCAUUUGCUUUGCCUCA